AUGUCAACCAUGCAUUUAAAAACACUACUGGUAGUAACAGCUAUUGCAGCUUUGGGGACAGCUAGUGCUCAAAAAGGACCAGCUUGUGAAAGUUCAUGUGGGAAUGUGAAUAUUACUUUCCCAUUUGGUUCAGGUGAGGGAUGCUACUACAGUUCAGAUUUCCUUGUAACUUGUGACCGAUCAUCCAGGGAACCAGUACCAUACUUUGGACCAAUCACGACCAAUUUUGUUAUUUCGAAUAUGUCAACAAGCAAGAGUGAGGUGGAGAUUAUGGCGUUUGUAGCUUAUGAUUGCUACAAUGAAUCUGGCCAAGUCACAAGAAACGCACCCUCUUUGUGGUUAAGUGAUUUCCAGAUCUCCUCCAAGAACAAAUUUGUAGCCAUCGGGUGUGAUACGUAUGCACGUUUUAGAGGAAGGAGAGGGAAUGAUUUUGAUAUUGGUACAGGAUGCAUUUCUACAUGUGGUAGAAACAGCCUUCUUACAAACGGAUCUUGCUCGGGAGUUGGGUGCUGUGAAGUAGCCGUGCCAGAAGGACUUAAAGCUUAUAAUAUGAGUCUUCGUAGCUUUAACAAUCAUGAGAAUAUAACGGACUUCAACCCUUGUAGCUAUGCCUUUUUUGUUGAAGAAGGGAAGUUCAACUUUUCUACUACUAACCUGGUUGAUUUUAGAGGUGUAAAUAGUAUGCCAAUGAUACUUGAUUGGGCAAUUGGAAACUUGACUUGUGAUGAAGCGAAGGACACAAAUAGUUUCUUGUGCAAGGGAAACAGCGAAUGUGAUCAAGAUUAUGGAGGCCCUGGAUAUCGUUGUCGUUGCCUUAAAGGUUUUGAAGGCAACCCUUAUGUUGCAGAAGAGUGCAAGAAUAUUAAUGAGUGUGAACGAGAAAAUCAUGAUUGCGAUCAUGAUGCGCAAUGUGAUGAUACAGAUGGAAGUUAUAAGUGUACUUGUCGAAAAGGUUACUCUGGAGAUGGUAGGAAAAAUGGAACAGGUUGCACGGCUGAUCAAUCCACCAUUAUAAAGAUAGUUGUAGGUACCUCGGCUUCUGCUAUAUUUCUCCUAAUAACUAUCACCUGGUUGUACUUGGUGCUCAAAAGGCGAAAGCUCGUGAUGCUGAGAGAAAAAUUCUUUAAACAAAAUGGUGGAAUAAUGUUGCAGCAACGAAUUUCUGGAAAUGGCGGUUCUCAUGAUCAAGCAAGAGUCUUCACGAUAGAGGAGCUAAAGAGGGCAACGAAUAACUACGAUGAGAGCAGGAUAAUCGGCAAGGGUGGCUAUGGCACUGUUUACAAAGGAGUUCUUUCUGAUAACAGAAUAGUUGCCAUAAAGAAGUCAAAACUAGUAGAUCAAACACAAGCUCAGAUAGAGCAAUUUAUCAAUGAAGUGGUCAUCCUGUCCCAAAUAAAUCAUAGGAAUGUGGUGAAGCUGAUUGGGUGUUGCCUUGAAACAGAAAUCCCGUUAUUGGUUUAUGAGUUCAUUCCAAAUGGCACACUCUCUGAUCACAUCCACAACAAAGGGAAUUUGUUGGCUAUGACAUGGGACAUCCGACUCAGAAUAGCAACGGAGACAGCUGAAGCACUUUCAUACUUACAUUCUGCAGCAUCUGUUCCGAUCAUUCAUCGAGAUGUCAAGCCAAUGAAUAUACUUUUGGAUGAUAACUAUGUAGCAAAAGUGGCUGAUUUUGGAGCAUCUAGGCUAAUUCCUAUUGAUCAAAUUGAGUUGGCCACCAUAGUGCAAGGAACACUAGGCUACUUAGAUCCAGAGUAUAUGCAGACAAAUCAACUCACAGAUAAGAGCGACGUUUAUAGUUUUGGGGUGGUACUAGCGGAAAUUUUAACCGGAAAAAAAGCUAUUAGCUUUGAUAGGUCAGAGGAAGAGAGGAAUCUAGCUAUAUAUUUUUUAUAUUCCUUAAAAGUGGGGAGACUCUCCCAAGUUCUUGAUGAACGCUUGCAACUAAAUGAUGUUCCUACCGAGAUCAUCCAAGUUUCAAGACUGGCAGAAAGAUGCUUAUGCAUUAAAGGCGAAGAAAGGCCCACCAUGAAGGAAGUAGCAAUCGAGCUCCAAGGAAUAUUGGCUUCGAUGAUACAAAAUCAUCCAUGGGUGCAAAAUAAUUCAAAUGAAGAUGAAGGUGUGUCUUUGCUCAAAGAACAAACCAACUACUACGAAUGUACAAAUGGUGGCAAUGUAAGCUCAAGCACCUUUGAUAGCACGAGAAAGCAUACAAUGUCACCCAUUUCUAGUGGUAGAUGA